GCUACUGAUUCUUCCCAAUUUUCAUAAUCCCAAGACAUUUCCUACCAAUUAACAAUCAGAUCAUCAAUGGCUGCCAAUGCUCUGCUUUGCUCUGUUCCUCCUGUCGUUUCCAACCCCCCCUCUGUUUCAAAUAAGACUCCCCGUCGGCUAACGUUCCGCCCCUGCUUUGCUUCCGUCCCAUCUUCCCACGGCGUUAGAAGGCCGUUGAAGCUCAGAGCUCAGUCCUCCACCGCCGGUGAUCACAGCCAAGACACCGCCGUCGAUGUCCAUCACGUCACCGGCAGUGGUGACAACACCCGCGCGGUUGAGCAUCGGCCUCGCCGUCGACCUGCCGCCCUGGAUGCCUCCCUUUUCGGGCUUCUAGACCCACUCUCUCCAAUGAGGACAAUGCGCCAAAUGCUGGACACCAUGGACAGGAUAUUCGAGGACGGGUUGUCAUUUCCGGCCGUCGGAAGAAACAGGGCGACCGGAGAAGUGCGGGCCCCCUGGGAGAUCAGGGACGAGGAGCAAGAGAUCAAGCUGCGCAUCGACAUGCCGGGGCUGUCCAAGGAAGAGGUAAGGGUCUCCGUGGAAGAUGACCUUCUAGUCAUCAAAGGGGAGCACAAGAAGGGUGACAAAGACGGCGGCAAAGACGACAACUCGUGGUGGUCGAAGAGUUACAGCUCCUACGACACCCGGUUUCGGCUGCCGGAAAACUGCGACAAGGGCAAGGUGAAGGCUGAGUUGAAGAACGGAGUUCUUCUGAUCUCCGUCCCGAAGGUCAAGGUGGAGAAGAAGGUCAUUGAUGUUGAGAUCAAGUGAGAAGGGCAUCUUCUUUCUGACUUUCCAU